AUGCUGGACAAAGAAGUGAUCGUCAUUGUCGGAGCGGGUUGUAUUGGACUCUGCACCGCAUACAAUUUGUCCAAGACUCUCAGCUUGCAAGGCGCUGAAUAUGAUAUCAUUGUCGUUGAUGCCUCUGAUAGACCAUUCCCCGCUGCCUCAUCAGCUUGCACAGGCUGUUUUCACUACUAUUUCCCUGGCCCAUUGAGCAAGCCGCUAGAGCCUCUCGGAAAAUACUCGUUCGAUCUUUGGGCGAAGGAAGCAGAGCACAUCGAUUUCAGACUCACAACAGGAUACCGGUCAAAUUCUUCCUAUGGUAUUCUUGAAGGUGACGGGAAGGGUCUUGAUAAGCUUCCAAACUGGGUCAAGCCAGACGCCUCUUGGAACGUCGAUACAAAAGUCUUGGGCGACAGCACAGCAACAGUGACUUACUCUGACUUCAAGGAACCCCAAUGGCUUAUGCGAAUGGCUGGUACAGCAAUGCCUUGCUAG